ACACUGACUCGACGAAGAUGAGCCGGCUAUGGAACUACUUGGUAUUCCAGGCAUGGAUGUCUUACCUGAUGGCGGCUGGCCUGCUGGUCUUUACCAGCGGUUUUCUCCUAAAUCGCGUCUCCCGGCCGGAACGGGCCGACUGCACGCAGUGCGCGACGGCCGACAAUUGCGACGCGACGGACGUCCUCCAGGACACGGAACGCGCCGCCAAAGUAUGUCUGGAGCGCAGAGCGCGGGUCGUGCUCUUGAUCGUCGAUGCGUUGAAGUACGAAUUCGCGGAGUGGUACGAUGACGACGCUGCCGCGUCUUCUUAUCAUCGCAACAAAUUGCCUGUGAUCCACGAACUACUGCAGAAAUAUCCGUCGCACUCUCGCCUGUACAGAUUCGUGGCCGAUCCACCUACCACAACUAUGCAACGCCUAAAAGGUCUCACAACGGGCUCCUUGCCUACUUUCAUAGAGGUGGGAUCAAACUUUGCCUCGGAAUACAUCCAGGAAGACAAUCUCAUUGACCAAAAUGUCGCUGGAGGCAUCGUUUUUAUGGGGGACGACACAUGGACCAAUCUAUUUCCGGAUAAAUUCAUGCGGCAAUUUCCAUCGCCGUCGUUCAACGUCUGGGAUCUGGACAGUGUAGAUAAAGAUGUUCAGUAUCGUAUCUUCUUCGAGCUGAAGAAGAAAGACUGGUCGCUACUGAUAGCGCACACUCUCGGGGUUGAUCAUUGUGGACACAAGCAUGGCAUGCAGCAUCCAGAAAUGACGAGGAAAUUGAAUGACACAAAUACGCUUAUAAAAGAGAUCGUAGCAUCUCUCGAAAAGGACAUGAUACUCUUUGUUGUUGGAGAUCAUGGUAUGACUGAGACUGGAGAUCACGGUGGUGACAGCUCCAACGAAGUCGAGGCUGCAAUGUUCGUUUAUUCAACGACUCCGCUGUUGAAAGGAUUUGGGAUUAAUGAUGGCAAUAGUGUAAAUCAAAUUGAUCUUGUUCCUACUCUAGCGUCGAUUCUUGGCACACCGAUUCCCUUUUCUAAUCUAGGAUCUGUAAUCCUUGAUUGUUUGCCAAGUAAGAUAGAGGAGGUAGCUACUGGUCAAUUACUGUAUCCAUUACAUUCUCUAUGGAGGAACAUUGCCCAAACGAAAAAAUACAUAGAGAUAUAUUCUGCAGAUACAUACUUGUUUUCGAAAGAGCAGCUGCAGCAUUUACAUUAUAUAUAUAGUCUUCUCUCUGAGCGAGUUAAGCAAGUUGAUAGUUCUGAAAAGUUAGAAGCAUUUAUUCGGGAUACCAAAGAUUAUUUUAAAUUAUUGAAGGACACAUGUUCCGAAGUAUGGGUCCAAUUUGAUUCUGGAUUAAUUUCCAAGGGUUUACUUUUGAUGUUUUGUUCCUUGUUUUUCUUUUAUCUAUUCAUCACUAGUAUCCCCGAAAGUCGUAUGUGUGAUAUAUUUAAAUCUUCAUUUUUGCAAUGUGCCAUUAUAGCAAAUUUAGUUACCGCAGCGAUUACUACGUGUUUGUUUUUGUUAAAUAUUUUAGAGGAAUUGAAGAAUACAACCUUUUUUGUCACUGGCGCUGUUUCUAUUGGUUUAUUAGUUAUAGUAAUCGCUCAAAAUUGGGAUGUCAUAUCGAUGUGUUGGUAUGAUCAUCGUCGAAUGAAGCUGUUGACCUAUGUAGCUAGAAUAAUACUUCUUCUAACGGUAUGUGGACUCUUCUCCAACAGUUACAUAGUCGAAGAAGACAAAGUCUUAUCCUUCCUGUUUGUUACACUUGUAUGCCUGCUAAUAUUUGAUCUGAGAAAGAACGAUUCCGAUAGUACUACCGAGAGAAAGACAAGAUUCGCUUCAAAACCAAUAAAAUCAAAUUUCAGAACAAUUGUACUAAUUAUCGGCUUACUAGCAUGCGCCUCGGUGAGGCUAUCGCAUUAUUUCUGGCGCUGUAGAGAAGAACAUCUACAACGGGAAUGUUCUAUAUUUGCAACUGGAAAAGUUGGUUGGUCCACAAUGCCAAAUAACUGGGAGCGUGCUCUACUCGCCGUUUUACUCGCUUCAGUCAUCCUGGCAUCAUAUGUGGUGAUAGUUAGACUAUGGUUACAAAGUUGUGGAAAUCUCACAGGCUUUGCCCCCAGCGUCAUAGUGGGGCAAUAUUGUCCGGUAAUUGUAAGUGUUUGCAUGGGUUGCUAUUGGAUCUUGCAAAAGCUUCCGAAGUUUGUCAAGCCGAAACUCGCACUAUCCUGGGAGAUCAAUACGCUACCCAAUGUGGUUUACUUCUUCUGCGUCCUUGCGAUUCUCAUCCUCUACUAUCGUCCGCUUAGUAUAUAUUUGCUGCCAAAGAAAAAGGAGUCUAUCGACGUCUACCGUGAUGAAAAUAUAGUGCCUCGAUUAUUCGAAAAGAUAAAAGACUCCAUUUCCCGCAAACGAAUAGAUACUGAUGAACUUCCGGUCAUUUAUGGUUUUGGGACAGCCUACAGCGCUGCAUUUAUCUCGUUAAGCGUAUUCCUCACACUUUUAUACGCAUUAUUAUUAGGAGAUACUCUGUCGCCUGGUACAUUUUUGAUGUUUAUAACAUGUGCUUGUAUAUUGGGUUUAUCCGCGAUAGAGAGAUACAAAAAUGCUAAUAAUAUUUCUGAACUAGUUGACGUAUCGAUGCCUGUAUUACUUUGCUGGUUCUUACUGGCUGAAUAUUUCUUUUAUGGAACUGGUCAUCAAGCGACGUUUCCUACCAUUCACUGGCAUGCUGCCUUUGUAGGAACUGGUGGUCACUUUUACGGAAAUUUAGUGUCAGCAAUUCUAAUCGGUAUUAAUACAUUUGGAUCGCAUAUUUUACUAGGUGCAACGUUACCAUUAUUAGUGGUCGUGCCAUUUACAUUGCAUCGGAUAUUUCCAAAAUUUCUCAAAGCAAAGUUUUUCGAUGAUAUAAAGAGAGGUGAACUUCUCCUGUUCGAACAAGAUUCUGCUUUUCACGCUGCAAUUUUUGCGAUUGCGGGGAAAUACACGUUGCUUCACGGAAUUCGAACUUUCGGCAGCAUGCUUGCAGCAACUAUACACUGUCGGCAUUUAAUGGUUUGGAAGAUAUUCGCGCCAAAGUUAAUAUUCGAAGGAUUAGGAUUCCUGGUAACGUUGGGUAGUAUACUAGCGUCGUUUUACAUGGUAUUCCGCAUUGAUCAACAAAUGGAAUAUCUUAUCACUAGAGUCACAAAAGGCAGAUGAUAGUGACUCACUCUUAAAGGAGUAUAGUACAAUCAAUAGCAAAGUACCAAAGUCGUAAGAACAUUUCGCUUCUGCGAUGAAUCUGAAAGUUGCUCGUUACUUACGAAUAUAGAUUCGUAUCUCUAGCGAUUCGAACCGUUAAAAUAUGAAAUGGGCAACAUACAAGUCUAUACUUACCACGAUACUGCCAAUAUUUCCACAAUUUUGUAUGAAAGUGUAACAAGGGUAAAAAUGAAAUCAGGUAUAUCUAGCGAAUAUUAUAAACAUUUUUCGUACCGAAGUAAAGAAACUUGUCUCUCCAUUUCUUCGAUUUGAUAUUAAUGUUAGAUAAUAAUGUACACCUCUUCUAGAACGCUAUGUCGCGUAACCAAACUGUGAUGCUUCCUAACACACUAACGCUACCCUGCGUGCAAUGCAUUGCUGAUUGACGAACAAAGCAACGCACUUGAUGCAGGAUUGCGUCCGUGUGUCGCGGUCUGUCUGCGCGACUGAUGGGCACAUCAAGCGUAUUACUGCUAUUAUUAGAAUAUAAUUAAAUAGAAAAUAGAUUAGAUACUAUCACAGAAAGAGCAUUCACCUUUCAUAUCCUUCAGUACAUAUACAUAGAAAAAGUACAGUGUAUUGCGAUUAAUGAAGAACAAACGAUACAAUAAACCCAGUAUUUUAG